CCUCAAUUACCAUAAACUAACACACACCCAAAGCAGUGUUGUGUGUUUUCAAAAGACGCACUUUCCCGCGUCUUUCUAAGCCUCCUUUUGUUUGUGUCGUCCUUGGUCUUCACUAAUUCAGAAACCCAAAUGAUUCGUCACGUCUCUUGAACCAAAACGUACGAAAAAAACAAUAUUAGGUCAAAGGUGUCAUCAUCGGAGGUCUAUUAUUGAUCAAAAGAAGGAAGAUGGAGCCGUCGUCGAGUUCGAGAGCGUGGUCAAUGCCAGUGCCAAUGGGAGGAUUGCAAGAACCAGGGCCAUAUCCGUUUCUGACAAAGACUUUCGAGAUGGUGGACGACCCAAACACAAACCACAUUGUGUCGUGGAACAGGGGAGGCAUUAGUUUUGUCGUGUGGGAUCCACGUUCUUUCUCCGCGACCAUUUUCCCUCUAUACUUCAAGCACAACAACUUCUCCAGUUUCGUCAGACAACUCAACACUUACUUUUGGAGGACCUCGACGAAGCGUUCGGCCUCCAGUUACUGCGAAAUGGGAUUCAGAAAGAUUGAGGCAGAGAGAUGGGAGUUCAUGAAUGAUGGUUUCUUGAUGGGACAGAGAGACCUUCUCAAAAGCAUCAAGCGACGAACCUCCUCCUCUGCCCCUCCCUCGCUCCAUCACGCGCAAGGCGACCCCUGCGUCGAGCUCCGGCAAGAGAGGCAUGUCCUGAUGAUGGAGAUCUCGAGACUCAGACAGCAGGAGCAGAGAGCGAGAGGCUAUAUCCAAACAAUGGAGCAGAGGAUCAAUGGAGCAGAGAAGAAACAGAGACAUAUGAUGUCUUUCCUGAGGCGUGCCGUGCAGAACCCCGCUCUUCUGCAGCAGCUGCUCGAGCAGCAGAGGAAAGAGCUAGAGGAGGCUUCGAUGGAUCAGGUCAAACCGGAGACGGUGGAACACGUUUCGGAGCUGGAGGCUCUGGCACUGGAGAUGCAAGGACAUGGACGGCAACGGACUGAGGAGGUGGAGAGGGAGCUCGACGACGGGUUUUGGGAAGAACUACUGAUAAUGAACAAGGAUGAAGAUGGAGUAGAGGCGAAUGUGAACGCAUGUUAACUAGGUUCUUGUUCGAACCUGGUAACCAAUAAAUUAAUGAAAAUAC